GGACGAAUGUUCGGUAUAUAUAGUUCUAGUGACAGACUCGUCAAUACUAGUUCGAAAUCAACUACAAUCUCAUCUACUCACCUCUCUUCUCUCACGGAUACUUAGACCGAUACCGACUUUCUCACCAUGAGCGAACAGGGCUACAAGAAUAUCAUCCUCGUCGGGGGAGGUGGCUCACUGGGAAGUGUUCUGCUCAAGUCACUACUGUCUGAGCCAACAUUCAAAGUCAGCGUUCUCACCAGAGAGUCAUCUAAAGCCCGCGCCAGUCUUCCAUCCACUGCCAACAUCAUCACCAUCCCGGACUCUUACCCCCAGGAAGACCUGAUCAAGGCCUUCCAAGGCCAGGAUGCGGUUGUCAAUGCCAUCACAAGUUUCUCGGUCGCCGAACAGCUGAAGUUCAUUGACGCCGCCAUCACCGCGGGUGUCAAGCGCUUUGUGCCAUCGGAAUACGGAUUGGAUAACAACACCCCCGCUGCACAGGAACUCUCGCCAGUUUUCAAGGACAAGGGGCAAGUGCAAGCGUACCUCCGGUCGAAAGAGGCCGAUGGUCUGACUUGGACGGCCAUUGCUUGUGGCAUGUGGAUUGGCUGGUCCCUUCGCAAUAACUUCCUCGGUCUGGACUACUCCAACCGCACCAUGACUUUGACCGAUGACGGCACCGGCAAGUUCUCGACGACGACCCUUGAUAACACCGCCCUCACGCUGAACCGGAUCCUGCUGAACCCCAGCUCCACCGCCAACCAGAUCGUCUUCACCAGUGACUUUGCCACCUCCCAGAAGGAGCUCGUGGAGACCAUUGAGCGGCUGACUGGGGAGCAAUGGCAGCGCAAGUCUAUCAAUACCAAGGAGCUGAUCCCCACUCUCAAGGCCGCCUGGGAGCAGGGUGACGCUUUCGCUGGUUACGGCCUGAUCAACAUUGGGUUCACACAGGGCGAAUACAGUGGUCACUUCGAACCCGUGCAGCCGGUGCGCAACAAGGAGCUCGGAUUGCCGGAGAAGCAUUUGGAAGAAGUGGUCAAGGAGGCACUCGCUGAGGUCGGACAUCCAGGAUUCUGAUCGCCUUAGAAUGCUCGUCAUUUGUGGGACUGUGACCAUCUGGCGUUUCAGUAUAUUGUCGGGAGCUUUGACUCACAUGC